AUGCUACGUUGUGCACGAGCAGCGACAGGAGACGCACUUGUAGCCGGCCUGCCGAUCGCCUCCAAUGCGGUCGAGCAGAACGCGCAGAUCGCCCUCUGGCUGUUCUUCGUGAUGGAGUAUGUCGCAGGAGGAGACAUGAUGACUCACAUGCAGAGGGAGAAGCGAAUACCAGAGGAGCACGUACGCUUUUACUCCGGCGAGAUUGCCCUUGCUCUGAACUUCCUACAUACGCGCGGCAUAAUCUACCGCGACUUGAAGCUUGACAACGUACUGCUAGAUAAAGACGGACACGUCAAGCUGACCGACUACGGCAUGUGCAAGGACGGUCUGAAGCCCGGUGAGAAGACGUCGACGUUUUGCGGCACGCCUAAUUAUAUUGCUCCAGAAAUCCUCAAGGGAGACGAUUACGGCUGCAGCGUCGACUGGUGGGCGUUAGGAGUAUUAAUGUUUGAAAUGAUGGCGGGUCGCUCUCCGUUCGACAUUGUCAUGAAUGCGGAUAAUCCGGACCAGGUGACGGAGCGCUAUCUCUUUCAUGUCAUACUCGAGAGGACCAUACGCAUUCCACGAUCUCUGACCGUCAAGGCACGUCAAGUUCUGCAAGGCUUUCUUAGCAAGAUACCAGAGGAGCGACUCGGCUGCGAUCCGGAGACAGGUCUGAGCGAUAUCAAGGCACACACGUUCUACAAGACCAUCGACUGGGAAAAGCUGGAGUGUCAACUAUUAAAGCCACCUUUCCUGCCGGAGUUGAAAGACCAAUGCGAUGUUCGAUACUUCGACAAGCAGUUUACGGACGAGCCGGUCAUACUGAGUCCAGACGAUAAGAGCAUGCUGAAGAAAAUCAACCAGUCGGAGUUCGAAGGUUUCGACUACACUCACCCGGCAUGCAACGGGGUGACGUCAUGCAGUCGCCAUAACAGCCUAUGACGUCGUUACGAUCGCCUUCUAGUCACAGUAUUUUAGUAGUUUGCGGUGCGCAUCUUCGAAUUCGAUAUUAUCGUGAUAUCCUCCUAUACUCGUUGCCAGGCGUUCUGUCGGCGAAAUGUGCCUCGCUAUCUGUACUAUGUCCUACUCUGCGAUGUUAUGGUGUCCUGAUACUGUACUCGCAGACCUAUACCGAUGGUUUGGACUACGUGACGACGUGUACAGGCGCGUUACAUUCUAUUUAGCCAGACGUACAUAUAAUAAUAUAUAAUAUAUAAUUACAUGCAGUGUACAUUUGCAUUACAUAUAGCGCAGGCGUGUUAUCGGAAUACGCCUCGUUAGAAUAAAAAUUCUUUAAUCACCUCGUAAUUUCUUCAUAUCAGCAUAAUUUGCCCACGCGACUCCAUGCUGAACACACACAUAUAUAAUUAUAUAUAUACUCCACUAACGAACCUCCAUGUAGUAAUUAAGCGACGCUGUCAAACUCGUUCAGAUUAGAUUUACUCGCUGAAAAAUUGCACUGUCUUCGUUAAUUUCAUUGCCAUCUCUUGAUUAUUUUUUCGCGAAAAAGUCGCUUUCAGCCUAACAAUACAUGAUAUCUGAGAGCUCACAGUAUGUACGUAAGCUCUAACUGGGUCCGAUAUCUCCCACGCAUAUAUAACUAGUCGGUCGUUAUUUAUAUCGUUAUGCGAGGAAUUAUCACACUGUUGCUAUAUCGGCUGUUUGCGAUCAAAGGUUGAAUACGUAAAGUUUCAACUACUACGAUGUUAAUUUGAUGUUACUGUAUGUUCCUCGUGUUGAGAUCAAUGAUAUGCCAUAUGCCACUGCGCUUGUUAUAAAUAGUCUGUACAGUUUUAAGGUUAUGCAUAAAUCAUUAUAAGCAUACGUUAUACGUUGCUAUAAAAGAAGGUUAUCUCAAGCUAUGCAUAUAUAUAUAUAUAUGUAUGUAUAGCUUGAGAUAACCUUAUAUAUAUAUAUAUAGCUUACAUAUAGCUGCCUUCCUUAUGAAAUGUUAUUAAAGAGUAAUAAUAUGUA